UAUAAAAAUAUGCUCGUCUUUGGUAUUUUGGUGGGCAUCCUAGCAACUUUCAUCCAAACUAUUGGUCAGAUAGUACAGAAGAAAGGGCACAUGGAUGCAUUGAGGAAGAGACAGUCCUUCAUUUGAAAUCUAACCUGGGUAUGAGGUCAAUCCCUUAAUCUGCUGGCAGUCCCUGUAUUUAUAGUUUCAAUAUCGAAUACAUCGCAAACAGCUCAGAGUAUUCUUCCGGCAAUGUCGAUCAUUCUAAUAACAAUAUGGUCUUGAAUUUUGUUGGGAUCUGAGUUCACUAAAUGGGAAGCUAUGUCUAUGGCUUUCCUUAUUCCUGCUACAAUGAUUCUGUUUAUAUUCUCAAGUGUUCCCAAACAAGAUAUAAAAUCAGAGGAUUUAAAAGAUUAUGUAUAUUCUCCAGGAUCAGUUGCACUUCUGAUCUCAGCAUUCUUAAUAAAUGCUGGAGGAGGCCUUGUCGUCUAUCAAAUAAUGACAAAUUUUGAGAAAAUCAAGCAAAGAGCAAUCCAGCUUAGAGAUGGAGCACAUACUGAUGCUGCCUCUACAAGAGAGAGUGAUAUGAAUACCAUGAGGACUCAACAGAUCAGAGGUUCUACUAUGAGCCAUACAGAGAAUACAAGUGAUAAUGCAAGGACCAUUUCCAAUAACAGUCAUUCGCCUACUCUGCUCAGUAAUGCUUCUGAGAUCCACGAAAUUGAUAUCCUUUCCUACAAAUGGGCUGCUAUUCCGUUAAUCUAUUUCUCCUUCUUUGCUUCCUUCUUCGGUACGCUUUCAAACACGAUGCUUCGAGGACUUGUCAUUAUCUUCGAUGAUGACUUUAUCGAUCAUGAUAAAGAUGAGAAGACUUUUGGAGUUGCCCAAAUAUUGAUCUUUUUUAUGAUAAACAUAGUGCUGAUGUUUAUCUCACUGUUUUAUCUUAACAAAUGACUGCAGCAUUUUGACCCAAUCUAUAUGAUUCCACUCAUCAGGGUGUUCACCCUGAUGAACACAAUCAUUUGUGGAGGAAUUGUGUAUAAAGAGUUCAAACUUUAUGAUACCACCAAAACAGUAGGAAUGCUUGUUGGUACUUCUCUCUGAUUCGUUGGGGCUUCCUUCUACAUACAACGAAGAGAACGGGUUUACGCUUGUAAAGAGCCUGUAGGAGAUGACGGAGUAAUUUCCACCGCUAGCUAUGGAACUAUUGAUAAUAAUCACAGAAGCAAAGAUCAUCCUGAUAAUGAGAAAAGAUCAUGUAAAACUUGAUAA